AUGCAUCGACAAUGGAAACCACUUGUAUUCGAGCAAGAUAGAAGAGAUGUUUACGAAAUUGAUAAACUCGCUAAACAAAUUUGGAAAGAAACUUUCUUUAAACCAAUAUUUCCAAAUAUAACACAAAUAUGUUUAAAUUUAAUUAAAGAGCAUCGUAUUAAUAAAUUAUCUAUUGAUAUUGAAACGAUCAGAAAGACUAUUGAAAUGUAUGCGGAUCAAAAUGUCAAUAACAAAAUGAAAGAUCUUAUGGAAAAUGAUUCAAUAAGUGAACCAAUUACUGAUAUUUAUCAACAAUGCUUUGAGAUUAAAUUUCUUCAAGAUACAGAAGUUUUUUAUCGUCAACAAAAGGUUCCAUCUCUCGAAUCAAAUUCAAUCAUUGAAUAUCUUAUUCUUAUAUCAGAAUAUUUUGAUCAAGAAAUGAAUUUUGGCAAGUUAAUAUUACCAAAAUCCAAAUCUACAUUUCAAUUGUUAGUCAAUAAAUUAGAAGAAAUAUUUCUUCCUGAACAAAAGCUAAGUAUUAUUAUGGACAAAAUGAAAGCAAUCAUCUCAAAUGAGAAUAGUCAAGACUUAAAACGUGUAUAUGAACCAGUUAGUCGAAUUCCGAACAUUAGUAAUCAAGUAAUACAAUUGAUUGAAAAUCAUAUUUAUGAAAAUGGUAUAAAUACUAUUGAACGUAUCAGUGACAAUGCAAUUAAUGAUCCAAGAACAUAUAUUGAAACGCUAAUUGAUAUUCAUAAGAAAUUCUUAAAAACUUUUGAUGCAGAACCAAACUUUAAAGAUCCCUUAAAUAAAGCUUGUCAGAAAUUUACAAAUAAUAAUGCAGUAACACAAAAAGCUAAUACAACAACAAAAUCAUCUGAAUUAUUAGCUCAAUAUUGUGAUAUACUUUUAAGAAAAGGAAAUAAAAUCAAUGAAGAAACUAAUCUCAAAGAAAAAUUCAAUGAAAUAAUGAUCAUUUUUAAUUAUAUUGAAGAUAAAGAUAUUUAUGAAAAGUUUUAUAGUAAAAUGUUAUCAAAACGUUUAAUUAAUCAAUUAAGUAUUUCUGAAGAUUCUGAAGAAUCAAUGAUAUCAAAAUUAAAACAAACAUGUGGCUUGGAAUACACAACCAAACUUGAACAAAAGCUUAAAGAUAUUCGUGUUAGCAAAGAUCUGACUGAUGACUAUUCAAAAUAUUGUGAAAAGAAACAACUUAAAUACAGUGACAAAUUUUCUGUAAUGGUAUUGAGUUCGAAUUCAUGGUCAUUUUCAACUCCAUUAAAUAUUAUUUUACCCAUUGAAUUAAACGCAACAUUUGAGAGUUUUGAACGUUUUUAUACUAAUCAUCAUAAUGGUCGAAAAUUAAUGUGGCUUCAUCAGUAUUCAAAAGGUGAACUACAAACAAUUUUCAUUAAUAAAACAUAUACAUUAGAAGUAUCAACAUAUCAAAUGAUUAUAUUAUUGUCAUUUAAUGAAAAAUUGCAUUGGACAGUUGAAGAAAUACAAGAUAAAACACAAAUUCAAUUUAAGUUAUUGCUUCAAGUUCUUUGUAGUUUAUUGAAAAGUAAAAUAUUAUUUUCGAAAGAAAUUCCUGAAGAUUUUCAAGAUGACGAUACUAUAAAGGAUCAUAUAAUUGAAUUAAAGGAGGAUUUUACAAGUAAAAAAUUUCUAAUAAAUCUGAAUGUACCAUUAAAAUCAAUCAAACCAAAAGAUGAUUUGAAAUGUUUAAAUAAAUCCAUUGAUGACGAUCGUAAAUUAGAAAUUCAAGCAACGAUUGUUCGAAUAAUGAAACAAAAACAAAGUUUAAAACAUUCCUUAUUAAUGGAAGAAGUCAUUGAACAAUUAAGCACACGUUUUAAACCUACAAUUCCUGUCAUUGAGAAAUGUAUAGAUUUAUUAAUUGAGAAAGAAUAUCUUGAACGAGAUUCCAACAACAAAGAUAUUUUACGUUAUUUAGCUUAA